AUGGUCAAUGUCAGAGCAACGGUUCCUGUAGACGGUAAUGUGCUGUGCGUCCUUGUCGACGCCAUUGGAGGAUGCGAGGACUACAAACAUAUCAGACACAAUGGAUCAUUGGCUACCUGCAGACAUAUGUGCACUCCAAAGAAGGAAACUUCAUGCUAUCGUAAUGAGUGGGAGCAAGAGCCAUGUCUUAUUUUUGACCAAGCUACUUUCGGCAAGUGCUACGAUGGGGUAUGCUACGAUGAGUCAGUGUAUGAUAGGUUGGCCAAGCUAAAACCGCCUAAGACUGGGAUGCCAUGCGGACAAGGGCACGACUAUUUAUAUAAUUCCAGGGGACCAUUCGGCUGCCAUUUUUACUGCUACGCACGUCCCCACAACAUCGCAAGACGUCCCGACGGCAAUGUCUGUCUGAAUCCGAGGACGACGCUCAAGGGUGGAUGUAAAAGCGGCUACUGCGUAGCUGGUUACCAGAAAAUUUGAGCAGAGACAAGCGUCAGAAUGACAUUUGUAUGUAAAGAACUGUCUUCCCCAAUGCCAUUAAACGCAACAUUCAUC